ACUCAUACUGGGCUGAAAAUUAGCCUAGCAGACAUCCUGUUGACAAGUGGGAACCAGGACCAGAACACAGAAAGCCCAGUGCCUUGCUGUUAACAAAGGGGACACCUUGUUUGGGUUCCUCCCCCACAAGGAGGGGUUGCAUUAGCUCAAGAGUUGCUCAGUUGCUUCUUCUGGGAGAAGAGAACAGAUCUGAGGUCCCAGCAGGCUGAUGGCUCGGGAGAGGAAAGAGCCUUGAUCAUAGCAGCCUGUAAACUACUGGAAGUACGGAAAAUGGCCUUGCAGGCACCUCUGCUGCCACCCUCACCUGCUCUCCGGAGCCCUAGGACUUCCCAAUAUAUCUAUCAGCUUCCUUCUUGGGUGCUGGAGGACUUCUGCCACAAGAUGGACAGCCUGAAUGAAUGGGACUGGAUGCAAUUUGCCUCUUAUGUGAUGACCGACCAGACCCAGCUGAGGAAGAUCAAGUCCAUGGAGAGAAUCCAAGGUAUCAGCAUCACGCGGGAGCUGCUGUGGUGGUGGGGGAUGAGGCAGGCCACAGUGCAGCAGCUCCUGGACCUCCUGUACCGACUGCAGCUCUACCGAGCAGCCCAAGUCAUUCUGGACUGGGGUGCAAAUCCUGAAAUUGCUAGUGCUUCUCAUGUUCUUCCUGACUCUCUGGGCCCUGGGAGGUCCCCUCUAUCUUCAGCAAGAAAACCAGAGGAAAUCCAAGAACAAGGCCCUAUGAAAUCCUCAGAAUUGACUCCCUUCUCUAACUCAGGGCCAUGUCCAAGUGGAUCCACAAACCAAGCCCUACAUCUGCCUUUCACUGAAGAGGACCUCUAUCGUUCCUUAAAAACAAAUCCUUCUACUUCAUUAGAUACGAAGAAUUUCUGCAUCUACAUUCCUCAACAAAAACCACUUGUGAGUCUAAUUGGUGAGAACCUUUACUGGACAGAAAUGGAGGUGAUCAAGGCCACCAAUGGAUUUAGCCAAGAUAACAAAAUCAGCGAAGGGAGUUUUGCUGAUAUCUAUAAAGGGCAACGACACAACAUGUUGUAUGCCUUUAAGAAGCUUCAAAGGACCAAGUGCCCAAGAGACAUAUCCAUUGAGAGUUUCUUCCACAUGGAAGUCCAGAUUUGUCUUAGGUGUUCCCAUCAAAACAUCUUACCCUUGCUUGGCUUUUGUACCGGGGAAGUGUUUCACAGCCUGAUACAUCCCUACAUGCCCAACGGCUCCGUGGAGGACAGACUCCAAUGCCAAGACAGUACUGAUCCCCUGACCUGGGAACAGCGGAUUAGCAUUUCCUUAGGUUUUCUCGGAGCCACAGAAUACUUACAUGGUCUCAAGAUUAUUCAUGGCAAUAUCAAAAGCUCCAACAUUCUGUUGGAAAAAAACUUCACCCCGAAACUUGGACACCCAAGGGUUCAAUUAUCCUCUGAUGAUAAAAAAUCCUCCUAUACCAUGAUGAACACCCAGCUUUUCCAGGCCUUGGCUGCGUAUGUCCCAGAAGAUUUCAUCAGAGUGGGGCAGCUCACAGAAAGAGUUGACAUCUUUAGCUGUGGAAUAGUGUUAGCAGAGAUUCUGACUGGUAUCCCAGCGAUGGAUAAAGAGAGAACUCCAGUUUAUCUGAAGGACCUACUCAUCAGUGAAAUCCCAAGCACUAAAGCCCUACUGUGCUCCAAGGACAAGUGUGUGGAGAAGCUAGCUGCAAAGGAGAUCUGCCAGAAAUACCAGGAUGCCAAAGCUGGGCACCUGCCAGAGGACUGUGCUGUAGACUUUGCCACAGCUAUCUAUCUCUGCCUGCAGAAAAAAUCCCCCAGCCUUACCCAGGUGCAUGCUACUAUGGCAGAGUUAGACCGACAAAUCAGAAAUCAUCAGGGUCUCCUCAACUCUGGCAGCAACUUGGAAUUGAAGAGGGCAUCAGUGAACACCCCAGAAGAAACCGAUGACGUUGACAAUCUUAGCACAGAAGUCUCUUCUUCAGAUGACCAAGACAAGAGUGGACUCUGGGCAGGGGCAGGGUCCUCAUCGCCCCAACCAGGGUAUAGGGAAGGAAAGUGUCUGACCAGUGGGGUAGAGGCUGACUCUUCAAUGUGUCCUGGUCCUUCACAUCCUCAAGAUGCAACAGAAGAUUCUUGGGAAGUUGAAGUCAAUGAUGCCAAGAAGAAAUUGAUGGAAAAUAUUUUGCUCUAUGAAGAAGAAAAGUUAAACAGUGAGGAGCUAUUUGGAUCUUUUAAGCCUUAAAUUAGGUGGAGGAAAUACCUAAUUAACAUGGGAAAAAUGAAGUCAAAACAAGAGACAAGAUAGAGACUUAUCAGUUCUUUGUGGACAAAGACUUUCAGAUCAUAAGAGUGGAUGAGAUAAAGCCUCUACUUUUAUAGACAUAAAAAUCUACCUGGUCUAUUAGCCUUCCACAAUCUGAAGUCUGAGCUUUGAGCUUCAGACUUGAGAUAAAGGAAAUAUAAUGCUUGAAGGAGCCCUAGAAGGGAGAAGGAAACUAUGAAAUACAUUAUCAAGCCUUUGGAAUAGUUCUCUGUAUCAAAGAACAGUGUCUAGUUCACUGAGUUUGACUAUCACUAAGCAAUAUGCCUCUUGGUGAAGUCCAGAGUUUAUCUUGGAAGCCUCAAAAAUAGCCCUGAACUUGAUCUAAAGAGACUUCCUAGAGCACCUGAGCAGAAUAACUGACUGAGCAUCUGCCUGAUUUUGGAACAUGAAGGACUGCUGAACUUUGCAUUCAAGCUAGGCAAAACCAAUGAUACUGUCUUUUAAGUUUGUGUUAGAAUUCAUUCCCUAUUCCUGGCCCUGGUCAGUAAGGCACCUGAUCCCAGUCACAAGUGAGAUGUGAAUAGUUUAGGACUCCACCUAUUACAUGGGAGGUGUGAACACUUUAGUUCCCCAUAUUACUGAGAGAUGUGAACACUUCAGGGCUCCACCAAUUAUAUGGGAGGUGUCAACACUUUAACUCCCCAUAUUACUGAGAGAUGUGAACACUUCAGGGCUCCACCAAUUAUAUGGGAGGUGUCAACACUUUAACUCCCCUCAUAUCACAUGGGAGGUGUGAACAGUUUAGAGACCAGUCUCUUUUGCUGAAAAUGAAUCAGAUAUUUAUUUCUUAUUUGCCAUUAGCUUUACCUGUGCAACAUAUUAUCCCUCUACCUCUGCCCUCAAGGGACAUCACUGAUGCAAAGGAAGGAAAAUGUAUUUUCCUUUCUUUUUCUAAGCUACACAUUCUAAUAAAGAAUUUUUAUUUUGAGAAUAAUGUAUGUUGUUCAGAUUUAGAGUCAGAGGCCCUGGGUUUGAAAGCUAGCUCUUAUUACCUAUGGACCUUAAAGAAGUCACUGACUCCAUCCUGAGUCUCAGUUUCUUCAUCUGAAAAAUGGAGUGGGAGUUGCUACUUUCUAAGGUCUUGUCCAGAUCUGGCAUCCUAGGAUUCUAAUUUAUUGCUUUUAGCAACAUUUUGAUACAUAAUACUCUGAGAGGCAAUGGGGCGUGGUGAAGAAGGGGCUAACCUUGAAGUCAGGAAGGUCUUGUCUCAUCCAAGUCAGGCCCCCAAUACAGAUGAGCUGUUGAUCACACGGAAGCCAUUUAACUUCUCAGCACCCUAAAUAUUUCUCUAAGACAGUGGUCUCCAAGUUGUUUUGAUUACAUACCCCUGUCAGCAAAAAUUUUUGAGCUCUUCAAUAUAUUUGUAUUUAUUUAUAAAUUGCAUACAUGUGUAACUUAUAUUAUGUGGAGUAUAAAAUAUAUACUAACAUGAAGCAGAAAGAGAGGGUUGUACAUGAAAUGGUGAAUCUCUAUUAUAUAGAGCUUGCUUUUCCUUCUAAGGCUAUAAUAAAUCCAACAUGAAGCUUUCAAAGA